GCGACAUGUCUACCAUCUUCUACGGCGCGCUCAUCACCCCGACAUCCCUGACGGAGUACCGUGCGCUCCCUCGCGCGCUGCUAUCGGUAUCGCGAGACACUGGAGACAUCGAAUGGAUCGAGGAUGACGUGGCGGCCUCCGAGUUGCAGGACGCGCUCGCGCGCCACGACGCGGUCUCGGAGAACGUGGACUUUGUCGAGCUGAAGCUGGGCGAGUUCUUGAUUCCGGGCUUCGUUGACACGCACAUCCAUGCGCCGCAGGUCCCGAAUCUUGGAAGCGGUCAAGAGCAUGAGCUGCUAGACUGGCUUGCGGAAGUCACCUUUCCCAUGGAGGCCCGCUUCGCGGACGCAGACUUCGCGAAGCGAGCGUACAGCUCUGUCAUCAAGCGCACACUAGACUACGGGUCUACGACAUGCUGCUACUACGGCACCCUCCAUCUGGAAGGCACGAAGAUACUCGCAGACGUAAUACACAGCUACGGACAGCGCGCCUUCGUCGGGAAAUGCAACAUGGACAGAAACUCACCCGAGUACUACGUCGAGCCAUCGGCGGAUGCGUCCCUCGCCGCCACGCGCGCGCUCAUCGCGCACAUCCAGGCGCUGCCCCCACCCACCGGGUCCGGGACGGCGGCCGAGCCGCUCGUGCGCCCGAUCCUGACACCGCGCUUCGCGAUCUCGUGCACGGGCGAGCUGCUGGACGGGCUGGGGAAGCUCGCGGCCGAGGACGCCGGGCUCAGGAUCCAGACGCACAUCUCGGAGAACGCGGCCGAGAUCGUGUUCACGAAGCAGCUGUUCCCGCCCGGGUCUCUGCCUGCGCCGCCUCCGCUGCCCGAUGCGGCUACGACGAAGGCUGGGGGGAAGGUCGCGAACGGGAAGGCGAGGGAGACGACGUAUGCGGGCGUGUAUGAUGCGUAUGGGCUGUUGCGGCACAACACUGUGCUCGCGCACGCGGUGCACCUGGAGGAGGAGGAGAUAGCGAUCAUCCAGGCGAGGCGUGCGGGCAUCAGCCAUUGUCCGACGAGCAACUUCAACCUGCGUAGCGGGUGUGCGCGGAUCGGUAUGCUGCUGGACCGUGGCUUGAAGGUGGGCCUAGGGACAGACGUCUCGGGCGGCUUCUCGCCCUCCAUCCUCACCGCGGUCCAACACGCCAGCAUGUGCUCGAAGGUCGUCGCCCUGCACACGGAGUCGACUCCUCCAGAUUCCCGCUUCACGGACCGCCAGCUGCCGAUUGCGACCCUCUUCUACCUCGCGACACUCGGGGGCGCAGAGGUGUGCGACUUGCAGGCGCGCAUCGGCUCACUCGCUCCCGGGAAGGCCUUCGACGCAUUGGUCGUGAGCGUCCGGAGCGAGACUGGCAACCCCGCGAUAUGGGGUAUGGACACGGCUGAGGAGCUGGGAAUGGGACUGCGAGACGAUGGGCGGACGAGGACGAAGACGGAGGAGGAGGAGCUGGCGGGCAUGCUCGAGAAGUUCUUGUUCUGCGGGGACGAUAGGAACGUAAGGAGAGUCUAUGUGCAAGGGAGGUUGGCCGGCGGGAAGGAAUCGAGGGUUUGAUUGAAAGUAUUUGGAGGCAACGUGGGGGAUAUAAGUGAGUGCUGGCGUCGAUAAGUCAUACGCUUGAUGCAACAUAGUCACGUACAGAAUAUCAACACAUGGGGAAUACACUUGGGUUUAC